AUGGACCUGUCCCUCCGGCUCACCCGCUGCACCUCCCAGGCCCUGGGGAGGGUCAUGGGUACCUCUGUGGCCACGCAGAGGUCCCUCUGGUUGUCACUGGCGAAGCUAAGCGACAGAGAGAAAGCGCCGCUGCUAGACUUCAGCGUCAAAGACGUCUUUGGAGAUGCGGUGGGCACGAUGACUUCAAAGUUCGAGGCUGAGCAGAGGAGCCGCGAGGCAUUCCAGGCCUGGAUGCCCCGCUCCAGUGGCUCAGAGCAGCAGUCCUCCUUGGGGCAGACGACCCCUUCGACCUGGGCAGAAGCGCAGCGGGUUCCGCUCCCCAGCACCCCUGGCCAAGAUCCAAGCGCGUCAGGGCUGGCAGGGACGCCCCUUCUGCCCCUCUGCUCAGUCGCAGCAGCAGCCAGCUACACGCCAUGGCUGCCAAAGAGAAAGGGGGGAGGUGGAUCCUCCGCCAUCACCAGGGAAAACCGCCCGCUGCUCACAUGCAACAUUCAUGUCAAGCACGCCCAGCCUGAGAGGCUGCGCGGAGAGUUGGCGCGCAUGCGCUUCGUCGCCAUGGUGUCUCCUCUAAAUGUCGUGAUGCUGGGUAAAACUGGUUCUGGAAAGAGUGCCUCAGGAAACACCAUCCUGGGGAGAAAAGCUUUUAAAGUGGAGAACUCACCAAAAUCUGUGACUGAAACCUGCAAUAAUCAAUGUACUAAAGUGGAUGGUAGACACAUUACACUGAUUGAUACACCAGGAUUAUUUGAUACAGAAAUGUCUCCAGAAGAGCUGAAGGGUGAGCUGGAGAAGUGUGUUGAGAUGUCUCUCCCUGGUCCUCAUGCCUUCCUGCUGGUGAUCAGAUUAGAUGUGAAGUUCACAGAGGAGGAGAGGAAUGCUGUGAAGUGGAUCGAGGAGAACUUUGGUGAGGGGGCGCUGAAGUACACUAUAGUGCUCUUCACUCAUGGGGAUGUGCUGGAGGGGAAACCAGUGAAGGAUUUCCUUCACAAAAGUCCUGCUCUCUUAUCUCUUACUGAACGUGUUUGCGGAUAUCACGUCUUCAACAAUGAGAGUAAAGACAGCUCUCAGCUCAGAGAGCUAAAGGAGAAAAUUGAGGCCAUGGUGGAGGAGAAUGGGGGAGAAAACUACACCAAUGAGAUGUACAAGGAGGCACAGAGAAAAAUAAGACAAAAGGAGGAG